GUGCAUGGUGCUGGCCUGGCCUGGUGAAGUAGAGUUAGAUCUACUCUGUUUUUUUGCGGGAGCCAAUGCAAUGAUAGCUUUCAAGUUUGUCAAAAGACUUAAAUGACAAAUUUUUGCUGUGUUUUGAAGUCUGCAUGAUGUCACUAUUAGUAUUAUCAAGGCUCAUCACAAGUGUAUGCAGGGUCCCAUGCCAUGGUGGUCUAUGUAACUUUGCUAGGGCCCUCUCAGCUUCAUCCGUCACAAACAAGUCUACUGUUGUAGGAGCUCAAGAAUCCAUUGCAGCCAUAGUUGGUUCCCAGAACGUAUCUGCAUCGGAAGCUGUACGGGAGCAACACAGCCAUGAUGAAUCAUAUCACAUCCCAGUUUCAUCUCCAGAUCUAGUUGUAUGGCCCAGGUCCACAGAGGAAGUGAGUCAAGUGGUCCAGAUAUGCAGGGACCACCAUACCCCGAUCGUCCCGUUUGGAACUGGAACUGGACUUGAGGGAGGUGUCCUUGGACAAUCGGGAUCAGUUUGUAUAAAUCUAACCAAGAUGGAUGAGGUCUUAGACCUUCACACAGAAGACUUUGAUGUGACCGUCCAGCCUGGAGUGACCAGACUAGCCCUUAAUCAUCAUCUCAAAGACCAUGGAAUGUGGUUUCCAAUCGACCCUGGAGCUGAUGCGUCUCUUGGUGGCAUGGCAGCGACGGGUGCAUCUGGGACCAAUGCUGUGCAGUACGGUACCAUGAAGGAGAAUGUCAUCAACUUGGAGGUCGUGCUUCCUGACGGGUCCAUUCUGCACACUGCAGGAGAGGGCAGUAGACCAAGGAAAAACUCUGCAGGCUACAACUUGACAAGUCUUUUUGUGGGAUCAGAAGGGACGUUGGGUAUCAUCACCAAGGCAACGCUCAGGAUAUACGGGAUGCCUGAAAUGAUGAUGUCAGCUGUGUGUUCCUUUGAAACAGUUAAUGCAGCAGUAGAGUCAGUAACACAAGUGCUACAGUGUGGAAUCCCUAUUGCAAGGAUAGAGUUUCUGGAUGAAAAAGCUGUGGAUGCAACAAAUAAAUAUAGUAACCUGAAUAACAAGGUGGCUCCUACUCUCUUCCUGGAGUUUCAUGGCUCAGAGGCAAGCAUCAAAUCACAGAUAGAAACAGUUGGUGACAUUGUAGCAAUGAAUGGAGGUUCCAACUUUGAAUGGGCCGACAAGAUGGAAGAUAGAAACAAGUUAUGGAAGGCGAGACAUGAUAUCUGGUACGCCAGUCUCGCCGUGCGGCCAGGGUGCAAGGGCUUAUCCACAGAUGUAUGUGUGCCAAUCUCUCAGAUGCCUCGGGUCAUACUGGAAACCAUUGACGACCUCCAGAGGAUGGGUUUCAUGUAUACCAUAGUUGGCCAUGUUGGUGAUGGUAAUUUCCAUUGUUUGUUGAUGAUGGAUAGAGAGGGUGAUGAGAUCAAGAAGGCAAAAGAAUUCACCCACAUACUUGGAAGGCGGGCCAUAUCUGCUGGGGGUACCUGCACAGGGGAACAUGGGAUCGGCCUCGGCAAGAAACAGCUCCUGAUCGAGGAGGUCGGCGACGUCGGGAUAAAUAUCAUGAGGCAGAUAAAGCAUACCAUAGAUCCAUUGAACAUCAUGAACCCUGGAAAGGUCUUAUAGGACUAGUUUCUGCACCUUUUUGGUGGCCAUAUUUUUUAGUGCCUUACCAAACAGCCAUGGACUUUGUAAACUGUAGCACUUUUGUAACGUUAUGAAAGCAGGAAGGUCCUU